AUGCGUUUUUUUUACAUUUAUUGUGACGUUCAAAUACAUGAACACAGUCCAGUUUGCAAUCUAUAGACAAAAAUAGCAUUCCAAUACAUCAAGCUCACAAACUAGGACGACAAUCUUCAAAUCUCCGCCAAAGCCAUCAUCCUUUCACAUCAAUCCGAACGAAACGAACGAAAUGUCAACUUCAAUUGAUCAGCAAUCGAAAAGUCUUCAGGGAACUGCAACCGUGGCCAGUACAGCAGCAGGAAGAAUAGCCGUACAAUGAAGAACCAGCAAGCCGGUUGUGCCAUUAAUCCAAUUUGGAUAAUGAUGUAAUGGCUUACGACGUUCCGUAGCAUCUCUUGUAUCCAUCGUUCGAGCCAUCAGAAAAAAAAGAAGCACAAAUCCUUGUCUCGGCACCACCGGGGCAAGAAUGUAGUGUCGAAAAAUGUGAAGCGCCAAGUCAUCUCCCCGGUGGCCGUGCUGCUGAUGUAUUCUUUUGAAAUGCUUAGCGGGAGUUUUCCGAGCGAUAAAGGAAGUUUCUUCUGGGGAUACGCUAACAAUGGAGACAAGGAGUAAAGCGAUUGAAGGCACCGCACUCACCACGUCGGCAAAAGCUGAACCUUAGAAUGAAAUCACUCAGCUUGGACUCACCAGAAUCGUCCGAAUUGCAUGGACAAAUGCGCAGACGAUACCCGGGGCCCUCCGCUCAUAGCGGCCAUGGAGGCUCUGGUGGUCACUUAGAACAUAGCACGCCACCAUCAAACAAUAGUAGAUUACACUCUCCGUCGAGCCCCUCGGGCAACCAGCGGAAAUUCCUGUACGCCAACCGCGGCAUGAAGACGGGUUCGGUUGACCUACCAGACGAAAUAGACAGAAGCCAAUCAUCUGCCAGCACGUCACCGUGUCCAUCACCGGUUCGACAGUCACAGAAAGUACAACGAUUGUUACCGACAAACAUCUACGUGGUUUUGUACAACUUUAAAGCUCGACAUCAAGAUGAGCUAGAUUUAGUCGCCGGCUACAAGGUCACCGUCAUCGAUUCGUCGGAUGCCAACUGGUGGAAG